CCACACAAUGCCGAUCACGUUGUACUACUCUCCUAUGAGCCCUCCAGCUCGCGCCGUUAUUCUGCUGAUUAAGGAACUCGGGUUGACCGUUGAGCUAAAAGAAGUUGACGUCAGAGCUGGAGCGACUAGAACUGAGGAAUUCCUACGGAUGAACCCUGAGCACACCAUACCGACGCUAGAUGACAAUGGAUUUUAUCUAGCGGAAUCACGUGCCAUUCUAACCUAUCUAAUCGAUAGGUACUAUCCGGGGCAUGAACUCUAUCCGAACAUACCGAAAGAGAAGGCGCUUAUUAAUCGUGUCUUGAACCAUGAUUUAUCGGUAUUUUCUUUGAAAACUUUAGGAGAGCUGUCCGCGAUUUACCGUGGCCUUACUUCGGAGGUAUCCGAGGAGAUGAAAACCAGCGUCUCAAACGCUUUGAGUAAUCUCGAAUUGUUUCUAGUGCGGAAUGAUUGGAUUGCAGGUGAAAAUGUGACAGUUGCUGAUUUGUCACUACUACCAACGAUAGCUUCGAUGGUGCACGCUGGAUUAGAUCUGUCUCGGCAUCCGCGGUUACUCGCGUGGUACGAUAACUGUAAGGUGCUGAAAGGCUACCAGGAUGAUCAGGAAAUUGCCCAGCAGUUUGGCACCCUUUUCCGAUCGAUGGUUACGAAGGGAUUUUGAUGCUGUCGAUGUAAGCCAGUUCUCGAAAUGCCUUGAAAAAGCUUCACCUAUACAAUAAAUCAAUCGAUAUUAUGCAUAUCAGUAGGUGCCUAAAUGAUAACAACUUUAUCAGUGAGUUUAAGCCAAUAAAUAUUUACCGUUGCGUGUUUGAACUUUA